AAGCAUUGACUUUUGUAAUUGGCCCAAAGAGUUUGACUGUCCUUUUGAGGAAGAUAGGUUGCAAUGACACAUACCUAGUCAAAUGUGCUGCUGUGAUUUUAACAGUGAUAACAAACAAGCAAAAUAUAGUUUAUUCAGUAUUAAUAUCUCCAUUACUCAGCGUUGAAGAAGUCAUGGUUCAUGGGGAGAAGUUGGCCACGGAGAAGAAGCUGCCUUCUUUGCUGGAAGCUGAUGACGUUCAAAGUGAGAAGCUGCAGCUGGGAGAGGAAACAGUGAGCCAGACAGAGGUCGACUUGCGUGGGCCAAAGGACCAACGCUCAAGUCUGUGCAGGAAUUUGCUAGACAGGGGUGAAAGAGAGGUUAAAGAGGAAAAGGAUCAAGAGGAAGAGCUAGGAGGGGAAGACUGUGUGAUCUUCAAUGAGGACUACGACACAGACUUGGAGCUCCGAGAUAGGGAGGAGGCGUAUGAUCCGACGGGCUACAUGGAGGCAUGUGAAGCGUUACAGGUAGUGCCUGCCUAUAACUUCCUGAGGAACAUGCACAAAAGUGAGCUGUCCAUGAUGCAUCGCUGUCUUGGACCUCAGGGCACCAAAGCACUGGCAGUUCCCCUGGUAACCAACACUUCAAUACUGAGGCUGAACCUGCGAGAUAAUUGGAUGGAAGGAAUGGGCGGAGCAGCUAUUGCCGAGAUGUUAAAGGAAAAUUGUUACAUUACAGAGGUGGACCUCUCCGACAACUACCUUGGGGAUCAUGGGGCCAGAGCCAUAGCUAGUAUGCUGAAGGAGAACAGCACCCUGGUGAACCUCAAUCUGUCAGGAAACCAUUUCACAGACCGGUCCAUUGAACACCUUGGCCCAGCACUGAUCACCAACUCUCGGCUACAGCACCUCGACCUCAGCCACAACACUCUGGGAGAGCGUGCAGGGCAGAGCCUGGGACAUGCGCUGUCAGAGAACACAGGGUUGAGAUCACUAAGUCUGGCCUGGAACACCAUCAGAGGGAGAGGAGCUGCGAUAUUGGCUAAUGGCCUAGGGGGAAACAUUUACCUAAGAACAGUGGAUCUGUCAUUCAAUGGUCUUGGUAAAGAGGGAGGCGUUGCUUUGGGACAGGCUCUGAAAGAAAACAGCGUUCUGGAGGAGUUGAAUUUGAGUACCAACCGAAUACCCCCUGAAGGAGCUAUGCGCCUAGCCAUGGGCCUCAAAGUAAACAAGACAAUCAAAUCCCUGAAUAUGGGUAGGAACCCGAUCCAGAAUGCUGGGUGCUUUAGUAUCCUCAAGUCUCUACAAGAAAACCCAGAUUCAGCCAUGGAAGCGUUAUACUUUUCGGACAUCACAGUGAACCAGGAUUUUGAAGAUUUGUAUAGGGCAGUGAAAGAAAUAUUCCCUGCGCUUACAGUUAAUCAUGGGGGCAGAAUUGGCACAUUCAGAAAAGCAAAAGCAUGAAAAGUGUUACUGUAAUUGCUGCACUUUUAUGCCAGAAAAGAUGGAAGAAGUCUUGUCAAAGCCCUGUGGAAGUUUUCAUCGACAAAUGAACCAAAGGAUGGAUGCAUGCAAGGAUAUAAUUUUAAAAACAUGUCAAAUACAAAAUAAAAAAUCCUCUAAAUGAAAGAUUUUGUAUGAAA